CCAGGUGAGUAAACGAAGGUGCGAUGGGCGGAGUGAUGGUUGGUGGAGGGGUGUAAUUUGGUGGGGUUUCUCCAUCAUCUUAAAGCAACAACAGAAUCUGUGCGCAAAGGUAACCUGCCUCCGGUUUUAGGCUACACUGCGGGAAGCCUGUCGGACUUAAGAUGGAGCAGUGUAUGGCGAGACCAGAAGUCAAAAAGAAAAAACCAGCACAGCCAAGACCUGUGUCUGCUCCUCCAAAGCCCCCACCCAAGAUCCCAUCUGAGACGCACAGAGGGCUGGCACCCUCGAAGGGGAACCCAGCUGAGACGCAUGCAGCUCCCCCGAAACCCAGUGAUGUGGCCAACGUGAACAGAGCGCAUAGGGAGAGGGUGACGCCUUCCCAAACCCCAGUGAUCCCUCCUGGGCCGACAGAGAGGGAACUUCCCUCUACGUCACACAGACAGCACCACACAACAAAACCUAGAGAUAAUCAGAGGGAGAAUGUGGGCAGAGCUGCGUUGCGGCCGGUGAUCACAGCGAGACCACCAGACGAGAUUUCUAAAGGGAAGGACUCUGAUGUUGCUGAAAUCACCAGAGAGGAAACAGACUUCAGACAGGGGAAAGUAGCAAUGCUCACAGAGAUGUUUCAGAAGGGUCCAAAAGAACAGCCUGAGAAGCCAUCCACGUUUUUUAGCUACGUAGCAGAUGCUGAAGUUCCGAAAACCAAGGCCGCCCCUGAGUCUGAGAAAUCAACCACUGAAAAUAGGGGUGCACCCAAGGGAAUGGCGGGGAAUGGGAAGAGGACCAAGCAGUUUAAUUCACAGACCACUGUGGAUGACAGUGUCAGCACUGUGGAGCCCAAACCAGAGAAAGAGCAGUCCGGUGAUGAGAUGGAACAAGAGAGACCAAGCGAGACCAAACAUGGGAAAGGGGGCUUUAUGGCAGGAAUGCUCCGUGGUAUCCAGAAAGAGAAGACGACCACACCUGUCCUUAAGGUGAGCCCGCCAACCAGUGACGUGGAUAACAUGGAAGGGGCGGAACCUGAGGAAAAGAAGGAGAAAGGGGGCGUUUUCAGUGGCCUAUUCAAGAGACCCAAACCAUCACAAGAUGGCCAGGACAACGCCUCUAUUCAUAGUGAACUGUCUGGAAGUGAUGAUGAAGGAUUGUCUGAAACCAGCAACGCUAAGGGGAAAGGUGGUGGAAUAACUGGAAUAUUCAAGAAAGCUCCAAAAGCUAAAGCGAAAGCAGAGGAAGAGGAGGAGGAUCUGUCUGGACAGCGAGAACUCUCAGGUAGCAAGGACAAUCUCACUGAGGAGAAAGGAGGUGUGUUCAGUGGCAUCUUCAAGAAGGCCCCAAAAUCAUCAGCUGAGGUGUCACUUUCAGCAAGCAACGACAGCCUUUCUGAAAGCAAAGAGAAGGGUAAUGUCUUCAGCGAGUUCUUCAAGAAGCCCCAGAAACAUACAGGAGAGACUCCAUCUGAUGAGGACAAGCGGUCUCUGCAUGGUGACAUGUCAGCCAGCGAUGAGUGUCUUUCUGAUAAGCCCAGAGGUGGAAUAUUUGGAGGAAUGUUUAAGAAAGCGCCCAAAUCCUCAGAUGAAGACAAGAGUACCCAGGAGAAGGAUUCCUUAUCUAAAGAGUUAUCACCCAGUGAUGAUGAUUUGACUGAGAACACUAAACCAAAAGAGAAAGCCGGUGUGUUUGGUGCCAUGUUCAAGAGACCAAAGGCUCAGGAGAACACAGAUGAGGAUAAGGACUCUUUAUCCACAGCCAGUGAUGAUCUGACAGAAGACACUAAACCCAAGGAGAAAGGGGGUUUCUUUGGCAUGUUGAAAAAGCAGAAAUCUCGUGAAAAACUGGAUGAGGACAAUGACUCCAUCUCCACCGACAUAUUAGGCAGCACUGAUGAUCUUUCCGAGAACACUAAACCCAAGGAGAAAGCAGGCAUGUUUGGUGGCAUGUUCAAAAAGCCAAAACCCCAGGAGACUCCAGAUGAGGACAAGGACUCAGUAUCCACUGAAACGUCUGCGAGUACUGAUGAUUCAUCUGAAAACGCUAAACCCAAGGAGAAAGCUGGGGUCUUUGGCAUGUUCAAAAAGCAGAAAUCUCUGGAGAACCUGGAUGAGGACAAGGACUCCUUAUCUACUGACUUGUCGGCCAGUACUGAUGACUUGUCUGAGAACACUAAACCCAAAGAGAAGGGGGGCUUCUUUGGCAUGUUGAAAAAGCAGAAAUCUCAGGAGAAACUGGAUGAGGACAAUGACUCCUUAUCCACUGUUUUGUCGGCCAGUGCUGAUGACUUGUCUGAGAACGCUAAACCCAAAGAGAAAAUGGGAGUGUUUGGUGGUAUCUUCAAGAAGCCAAAACCGUCUGAAGAGGAUAAUGCGCUGUUGGACAAAAACCUCUCGCAGAGUAAUGACAGUCUGUCUGACAACCCAGCAAAGGAGAAGAGCUCAGGCCUGGGUGCCAUGUUCAAGCGCUCCCCUAAGCCAGCCCUCAGAUCGCAGGCCUCCACGGACCCUUUGACUCAGGCCAAUGAACUGUCUGGAAGCAUGGAUAGUCUCGAAGAUAUCGGAAGUGGACAGGGCUUUCUGCCAAUUGAUCCUGACAUUGCCGGCAGUAAGGACAAUCUCAUUGAGAACCCCAAGGAGAAAAAAGGAAUGCUGGGAAUUUUCAGGAGGUCACCCAGACCUGCAGAACAGGCUGAUAAAGAUGGUGAAAAUAAGGGCUUGAGAAGAGGAAGAAGCUUGAAAAAGAAGCGGGUUGUGUCCUUUAGAGUGAAGAGGACGCUACCCAGAAUGCCGAAGUUCUCCCUCAGUUCAGCCGCCCAGAAAGCCGAUGAGGAGCCUCUGGUGGAAGACCCCAUGGAGCUGCAGGCAGUGGCCCCAAUACAGGAGGAGGUUGGAGAAGAACAGGUGGAGAUCCAGGAGGUGGAGAUGGCAGCCUACCCUGCAGACGGAGACCUGCUGGAGGAAGCUGGGGAGGAUAGUGGUCUGAUGGACUGGUGGAGAACAGUAGAAGGUUGGGAAGCGUGGAAUGAACAAACAAAUUUCCAAGAGGAUGAAGAAGAGGAGGCAGUGGAGGCGGUGGCUGACCGUGUGUUCAUGGGGGCUCGUCUGUUCGUGCACCUCUUCAACCAGCGCGGGGCGUCACUACAGCAGCGCAUCCUGGAGAUGCUGGCGCAGGCGGACGCGGUGGACCAGUUCCACAAGAAGACUGUGUCGGCAGCAGUCGGGGGCGGCGUGGCGAGCGUGGCAGGCAGCGUGGCGACCAUCACAGGUCUCAUCCUGGCACCCUUCACCUUCGGAGCGUCCAUCAUCGUCACGGCGGUGGGCAUUGGCGUGGCGACCGCCGGCAGCAUCACCUCGGCGACGGCCAACAUCACGGAUGCGGUGCACGCCAAGAUGGACCGCAACAAGGUGGAGAAGAUGAUCCAGGGCUACCAGGAGGAGAUGAGGGACAUCAAGGAGUGCCUGGAGUUCGUGCAGAAAGGAAUGCACACGCUGGAGGAGUGGAACUUCCAGCAGUACGCCGAGAGCGUGGCGAAGAAGUACAUGCACCAGAACAUCAAGCACGUGAUGAAGGAGGGCGGCCGCGCUGGCAAGGCCCUCAUGAUCAACACCGACCAGCUGAUUAGCACCGUGCAGGUGCUGGGGGCGGCCGGCGGGGCCGUGAAGGCCACCCAGGCCAUCAGCGCCGCCACCGCCGUCAUGUCAGCCCUCUUCCUCGCCCUCGACGUCUUCUUCCUCGCCAAGGACUCGCACGAGCUGCGCAAGGGUGCCAAGACGGAGUUCGCCAGUAAGCUGCGGGAGGUGUGCAAGGACCUUCAGGACGGGCUUCUGGAGCUGAACAGGGUCAAGUGUCAGCUGCAGAAGACCAUGGACGGGAUAGAGGUGGAGGCGUUCGAGGAGGAUGGGGAGGAAGAGGUGAGCGACGGAGAGGAGGAGGAGCUGGAGUCGGACCCGGUGAAGCUCGCUCAGCUCGAGCAGGAGCUGGAUGAGAUGGAGGAGAAGCUGGACAAGAAGGUGCCGAAGGAGCCAAUCAAAGCCACUGGCAACAAGGAAGAGGAGACGAAGGAGCCAAUCGAAACUACUGACAACAAGGAAGAGGAGACGAAGGAGCCAAUAGAAACUACUGACAACAAGGAAGAGGAGACAAAGGAGCCAAUCGAAACUACUGACAACAAGGAAGAGGAGACAAAGGAGCCAAUCGAAACUACUGACAACAAGGAAGAGGAGAUUAAGGGGCCAAUGAAAUCUGCUGGCAAGAAGGAAGGGGAGACGAAAGCAGAAAUGGAGAUGGUCGUCAAGCAGCAAGAGAGUGAAACCAAGAGUGAGAAAGAAAAGAAGAAUAAAAGUGAGAAAGAAGAAGGGCUGACUGUGACAAAGUAUGAGAGGAUUCAAGAGGACAGCAAGAGUGUCAAAAGUGAUGGUGGAGAAAAGGAAAAUGUGAAGAAGGUAGACACGCUGGAAGGAAAAUCAACUUCCUCUUUCUCCAAUUUCUUUAUCAGUGAACGUCAGAAGAAAAAUCUGGCAUGUGAUACUUCGUCCAAGAUCAGCACAAAAGACCGGAAAAAGGGGAGUGAAAAUCAGGAGACUGAGGAACCGAAAUCAUCUCGAGUGGUGGAGACUGUAAAAGAGCCACCAGGAAAGAAAAUGAAUCCCACUGACAAACUCAGUCAAACAGAGCAAGAAGACCAGGGCAGUGAGACGUCUUUGAGGAGCAUCUCAAAUGAAAAGAGUGGAACUGAGAGAUUGGCCACAAAUGAGAAAAAUGAGGUGCUAAAGAAACUGGAAGAAAGAAAGGGGCUGAAAAGAAUUGAAAAACUGGAGAUUGAGAAAGACAAGACGGCAAAAGUUGGGGAAAAAGGGAAAUAUGAGAAACCAACAACAAACAUGUAUCCCACUGAUAAGUACGGAGAAAGACGCCAAGGAAAGAGUAGUUUGAAAGAAAAGAGCGACACUGAGAGAGCAGUAGCGAAGGAACGGAAUGAGGUGUUGAGAAGGACAGAUGAAGAAAAAAAGGAGAGGGUCCAGGUGACAACUGAAAAGGGAGCAAGGGAUGGUAAAAAAGGGAUGGAGAGACAGAAUGCUCGCGUGAGCAACAGGCAGAGAAGACCGGGAGAGGACAGCAGCAGUAGAACCCAAAGAGGUAGCUGGAAUGAUGGAGAUGGGAAAGAGGGAGUCAAACCAAAGACUGAGGACAAACACGACAGAGGAGAUCAGCUAGUCGGUAGAGGAGUGGAGCAGAGGGAGAGGGCAGCAAAGAGGCAAGAGGAAGGCAAGGAGAUGAGGACCCAGUGGUACAUCAAGCACGAUGCCGGCACCGACAAACGUCUCCAACCGGAGCCUGGAGGUGUAAGGAAGGAAAGCCCUGCAGGGGCAGAGUUCGGCAGGCGGCGAGAGAGGGAUGGGGAGAGGCGGGGAAGAGCACAGGAGAGUGGGAGUGAGGCACAAAGAGGCACGGAGGAGAGGAGGCAUGAAGAUAGGACAAGGGAGGAGGAGAGAAGAGGCAGCGGGUACGACCACAUCAGCAUGAAAGGAAGCAGUGAUGUGGUGCGAGAUAAGGACAGGACGAGGAACAGGGUGGACUCUGGGAGUGACGGAAAGGGAGAAUCGCAGAGAGGUAGCAGGCACGAUCACACUAGUGGAGAACACAGAAGAGGGAGCAGUUCAGGUGUAAGUAGUAACAGAAGAGGUGAGCGGGAGGUCAGAGGUGAGCAGGAGAUCAGAGGUGAGCAGGAGAUCAGUAGACAAGAGAAGGAAGCUAAGCCUGACCCAAGGCCCCGUAUUCGCUCCACACGGCAAGAGGACCUCAGCAUAUAGCCUGUGAAUGAUUAUAUAAAUGGGAUAAACACAUUAUCUGUGGGUCUAGAGUGUAGAAAUGCUGGUUGUGGUAUUUUGGUGAAUUAAUCGACAAAGGCUGCUUCAUCGGUGCCUCCUGUGAACCAACAGGAUGUAAUGAUGUUUUUGUAGUCUUGUCAUACCAUACAGUAGUCUAUAGUCCAAGUCUUAAAAAAAUAUUAACCGGUAUACGUUUUAACUACCUUCACCAAUCACUACAGAUCACAUUGUGUAUAUCAAAUUGCAAGGUGGCUAUCCAUAAUGCACUUUACCAUGGACUUCCCUGCUGUAUACCUCAGGACAUUUUAUAUUUAUAACCUUUUAAACAAUGUUCUCAUCUCAAUCCUUUGCCAAGUCUGGCAGGGUGUGUUUCUUCACUAAGCCAUCAAUUGUAGGGAAAACUGUGACAUAAUUGUGGAAAAAUGGGUGUAUACACUACAAAUCAACCUCUUUAUAAGCUAUUACUGAUUAAGUUAUUGAUGAAGCUACUACUGACUAAAUUUGUCUUGCUAUUUAAGGAUAAAGUUUAUUUAAGGAUAGAGUUUUUGUUGUUGUUCAACUGUAUUUUUAGUUGGUGUUUCUGUUGACAUGUCAAACACUACUACUGUCUAAUACUGCUGCCAAUGUUUUUUAGAAUUCAUAAUAAAUUUCUGUUCACUC